CGCACCCAAUCUUUCAACACACCACUAUCAUCUCCAAAAACCUCACGGUAACAAUCAAGCAACAAGCUUCUUCAAGCAAUCUACUAUGUCUGGAAGAGGUAAAGGAGGAAAGGGUUUGGGAAAAGGUGGAGCCAAACGUCAUCGCAAAGUUCUGAGAGAUAACAUUCAAGGAAUUACCAAGCCUGCGAUUCGUCGUCUCGCCAGACGCGGUGGUGUGAAGCGUAUUAGCGGUUUGAUUUAUGAAGAAACUCGCGGUGUCCUGAAGAUAUUUCUUGAAAAUGUGAUUCGUGAUGCCGUGACUUACACUGAACACGCUCGCCGGAAAACCGUUACUGCUAUGGAUGUUGUUUAUGCGCUUAAGAGGCAGGGAAGGACCCUUUAUGGCUUUGGUGGUUAGGGAAUUGUUAAUGUUAGUAGAAAUGUAGAGUUUGUAAUAGCUCUUAAAUUUUUUCUUUUUUAAGUCAAUGUCAUUUUUAGUUUGUUGAACUGUUCAAAUCUCUGCUUCAACGGAUUGAGUAAUUUUUCGAAGUGUUUCUUAAGUACCAUAUUUGAAAAUGGAAGAAAAAUUUCAUGGCUUUUGUA